GCAACCAUAAAAAAACUAAAACCCUCAUAAAAUAUAAAUAUAACAUUGUUUAUUGUGCCAUAGAAUGCUGUACUUUUAGGCUUGAGAAAAGAAGCCAACGAGCUCAGAAUACAACGUUCGGCCGCCGUUCAAGGGUGGAUGCGACUCUUGGAAGUUCCACACGAGGGCGCUGUUCAAUUUCUAAUGCCUUCAAAUCGUUUCGUCAAGUUGCUUGUAGAACGUUCCUCGACUCCAGCUGCGGUCUCCAUGCCAACCGGGCAGCCUCAGCAGACGCUCAAAUGUCAACAACAACUAACGAGCAACAAGUUUAGCGGUCAACUCUCCUGAAGAGAUUUAAAAGCGAGUAAGUUGAAUGAAUUCGAGGUCCCGCAGAUGCGGACGAGUUGAUCAAAGCGAAGCAAUUGGAGGAUUCGACUGAAUUGAAGAACUUGUUGAUGACGCGUGUUGCUUUUGCAGUCGCCGUUAUUUGCCUUUAUUGUCUUGUCUCGCUCACUUUCACCUUUUAAAACUAGAAAGCGUCUUUAUCUGCGGUGUUGCUUCGGUGCAAAUAUGUUGAAUCAUUACAAAAUAGAUUAGCACAAGGGUGGUUUUGAAAAGGGGGAGGGGGAGUCCAGACCGUUGACGUCAUCAUGAGCGAGGUUCGCAUCCGCGUGGCGGUUCGGUUGCGUCCCCUCCUGCCCAGGGAGCUCCUGCACGCCCACCGGGAGUGUCUGCGGGUGGUCCCCGGCGCCCCGCAGGUCAUCCUCGGCUCCGACCAGCUCUUCUCCUUCGACCACGCCUUCGGGCCGAGCACCAGCCAGGGCGAAGUGUACGAGUCGUGCGUGCGGCCGCUGACCAGAUGCCUGUUGGACGGAACCAACGCCACCGUCUUCUGCUACGGGCAGACCGGCUCCGGGAAGACCUACACGCUCGGUGGGAACAAGAUGGAUGCAGAAGGAGGCAUCAUCUCGUGCUUGGCCAAGGAUGUGUUCUCGCUGCUAGAUAAGAGGAGGCGCUGCGACGGCGCGGAGGUCACCGUCGGGGUGUCCUAUUUGGAGCUGUACAAGGAGGAGCUGCGGGACCUGCUGGAGCUCGACACCUCCCACAGAGACCUUCAGAUCAGAGACGACUUUAAGGGGAACACAGUGGUCGUGGGUGCCAAGGAGGUGGCGGUCUCCUCCUGUGAGGAGCUCCUCAACGUCCUGGAGGUCGGCAACGCGUUACGCCAAACGGGUGCCACCCGGAUGAACGAGCACUCCAGCCGCUCGCACACCGUCCUCACGCUGUGGCUCCGCCAGAGCGCGCCAGCCUGCCCCGACAAGCCAGAGCAUCUCUCCAAGUUCUGCGUGGUGGACCUGGCCGGAUCAGAACGCGCAGGAAAGACGGGCAACACGGGCGUCCGCUUCGAGGAGUCGGUGCACAUCAACACGGGCCUGCUGGCGCUGGGCAACGUCAUCAGGGCCUUGGCCCAUCCCGGGCGCCAACGCAGCGCCUACAUUCCGUACCGCCACGCCAAGAUCACCCGGCUCCUCCGGGACUCGCUGGGUGGCAACGCCUGCACCCUCAUGGUGGCGUGCGUGAGCCCUUCUCACCACAGCUUUGCAGAGAGCCUGAGCGUGCUCAAGUUUGCUUCCAAGUCCCGCCGCAUUCGCCACCGUGCCGAGGUGGCAACACCCGACACAGACUCCGAGGAGACCUUUACCGCCAUGCUGACUUCAGAUGACCCGCCUAAAUAUGAUGUCCAGCCUCUAAAGCCUUCAGAAAGUGAUUCCACGCUGGAACAGGAAGUGAUCCACAGGGAAGUGUCUCCCUACGCGUCACUGGUGCAUCAGGCUGCGGAUCUCCUUGCAGAGGUCUGCGGACCGGACGUGCAAAACGAAGCUUUGAUACGCAGAGUGCACGAGUGGCAGAAGAGGGCGAAGGCCAUCACCCAAUCAAGUCGCAGCGAAGUUGUCAGCUGGCCAGACGAGGGAGACUCGCCUCAUUUGGUCACUAUUGUGCAGCUCAGACAGGACCUCAAGAAGUGUCAGGAGUCUCUGGAGACACAGACCCAACUCUUGGCGCAAAAAGAUGCCAAACUGAAACAAGCGGAAAAAGAAGUGCAGGAACUCUUACAGAAGCAAAAUGUCCUCCAGGAGACUUUUUGUGAAGAGAAGCAACAGACGGAGCGACUGGUGGACCAGCAGAUCCUUAUCGACCGCCUUCGCUGCGACCUCAUGGCCGUGCGAGGUAAAACGCCAGGGACCUCCUGUCGGGCUCAGCACAGACCACACACUGCCAGUUUGAUCCGACCCAGCUGUGGACACAUGCUGAUCAGUAAGAUUCGUCCCGGUCUGCCUGCCGAGUCGCUGGAGAGGCUGAUGGCAACUUUUAAGAUGAGCAACCAGCGCUUGCAGAGCCAGGAGGAGGUCAAGGACUUCUGUCCUUUGCUGAAGCAAAUGGCGGAGGUGCAAGGUCAAGAGAAGAACAACUUUCUCAGUGGACUCGGUAUUGCGAUGUUGAAUCCUUCCUCGUCCUUCAGCUGGAGCAGCAGGCAGAAGAAAUCUGUCCUGAAAGAGAAGACCUUUGGAGAGGACCACCCAUCCAAGCAAAGACCUCAGCAGGCCACUUGGGUCAAGCGACAAGCUGCUGAGCACAGUCGCGUGAAGGACGCAAGGCAGAGGGCCAGUCUGACUCAGAGGAGAAUCCAGAUGCUGUCCGCCAACAUGUGCUUGAAAGAGGAGCUCGUCAAAGAGAUAGAAAAAAACGAAAAGGAGAUCCUGGCGGCGGUCCGACGCGACGCGGGCGACCAGCGAGAGGACGGCGCGCUGAUGUGGUUGUCAGAGCAGAGCCGGCGGGCCCGCUUAGCGCUGCGUCAAAGCCUGCAGCACAUGGACCUGCUGAGGGCUCAGCUGCAGCAGAGCCUCAGGCGGCCCAGCCCGGAGAGCAGCGACAACUCCGGCGAGUCGGAGACUGACAGGGUGGACAGUGUUCUCAAAAGCAGAAACAAGAUGGGGCCAAAGGAAAUGGUUAAUGAAGCUUGUUGGCUGGAGGAGGCCGAGGAGCUGGAGCUGCACAGGAGAGCCACGCAGCAGGAGCUGGACGAGGAGUUGAGCAAGAGCGAGGAGGUGCGCCGCCGCAGGGACGCCUGCUUGCAGCGCAGGAACUCGCUGGAGACUGAGAGGCUGCGUUCCAGUCAGGUUCUGAGUCAGGACCUGCUACACGUAUCGAUCCGCUUGGAAACGUUGGAGGAGAAGAUGGCGAGUAGCACGAAGCAGGCGUCCGUGUCGGAGCUGGAGAAGGAGAGCGAGAUGCUGAGAAAGAGGAGAGACUGCCUGGAUGCACAGCUCAAGGACAGCACGGUGCUCGCUGUGGAGGAGGAGCAGUUGGAAGAAGCCGUGCAGGUCCUGGAAGCGGAGUUGGACUUCAAGGAGCGAUCCAUCCAGGACAAGCAGGACAAAGCGCGGAGCUCGGCGCCACGCAACAGCGCACGCCUCUCUGAUGUCACCGCCAAGCUCAGGGCGCUCUCACAAGCCCAAGGGUUGGAGCUGCUCGUCAAAUACUUCAGCAGAGUGGUAGACCUUCGCCAGACGCAAGCUUGUUUGCGUUUGUAUUGCGAGGAGCUGGAGAUUUACUGCGCGGAGCAGGAGGCAGCGCGCGGGGAGUUGGAGGCUGCCGUGCACAACUUGGCCUUGGACGCCGACCACAGGCUCACCCAGCAGCAGCAGGAACACCACAGGAACAUCCGCUUCCUCAUCAGCAAACUCAAAGAUGACAACUCAUCAGAACAAGCCCAGCAGGUGAUCAAGGAUCGUUUGCAGAACCUGGAGAAGGAGUUGUUCUUCUACAAGCACUACAGCCGCAAGCUGAGGAAGCAGCUCAGAGAGACCCAGUGCGCCCAGCAGACUCCCCUGGAACUAAACGCGUCCAAAGACGCCAAAAGAUGCUCGCGCCAGCAGAGCCCUUCCUCGUCUUCGUCGUCGGCCGAGAACGCCCAGAUGCCCGCCGAGCGACAGAUAGGCGCCAUAGCCCGUUGCCACGGUUACAGCGAGCGUCGGCCGCCUCCCCCCCACGGGACGCGGGCCACGCUCGGUCUGCGUCGCAGGAGGCUGAAGGAGCUCGCAGGGCCAGCGCGGGACACCGUAGUGGACACCGGCAUCGAGAUGCUGUCGGACGACUCGCUGGAGGCGUCCACCGGCAGCGAAACGCCCGACUUUGCGGCCAUGUGAGGUCAGUGGGCCUUGACUAAUAUUUUUACGAUUGUAUUCGGUUAGCUAACCAACAAAACAUGAAAUUGUCUAUGUCAGAGUUACUGUGAAAUACUAUGAAUGAAUGUUAGGGUCACAUGAAAUAGUGCAUUAAAAACAUUUUCAUUUUAGAUGUAAUAUUACAACAAAGGUUUUGCAUCAUUUUAGAUGUGAGAUUUAUGAGGGGAAAAAAAGUGUAAUUUUAUGUAAUUUCAGUUAGAAAAUUGUAAUUCACAUAAAAAAGUGGUGAAAAAACUUGUUACACUAACUUUUUUCUUAUUAUAACUUCUUUUGUAACUUGACAUUUUUUAGUACUUAAAAAAUAUUCCCAUUUAUGGCCUGUUUCAUUUUGCUAAUAUUACAAAGAAGUAAUUUUUUUAUUCAAAAAUGUAAAUUAACAAAAUAUAAUUGAGUUUGGAACACUCAUAGCUAACUACUUGAAAUUGAAAAUCUUGCUCAUCCAACAAUAUGAAUAUUCUUCCACAAUGGUGCAUUUGUACAUGAUGAUGUAAGAAACUUCCCUUGUAUUGUUUGAUUUAAUCGUAUGAGUGUUUGCAAUUUUUGUGAUGUUUACUCUUAGGAGUAUAGACUUUGUACAAUUAGUUUGAUUGCUGUGUAAUUCUUCUGCUUUUGAAUAAAUAAAUGACU